CUCGAGCUUGGACUGACUGGAGUUGACGAAACACGAUCCUACUCCUGUCCUAUUCAUUUGAAGAAGGAUCUUCUGAAUGAAUCUCGUUAUUUUGCCUACCACAAUGCGGGUUUACAUGCAAUAACGCUGGACUUCACCAGACAACUGUCCCAGUUUGUUGAAAGCCUGGAAGAUACUACCGAUAAGUAUCCACUUUUUAACACGCAUAGCAAUGCUGAGUACGUUGUCUGUACCAAGGCAUUCCAAAGUAAGAAUUCGAACCCCAUUCUAGGGUUUGCCCUUUUACAGUCCCCUUCGGGACUUGUGCUUCAGCUGGCCUCCGGUCAGGUUGUGAGCUUAGAUCUUAUUGCCGAUCACAGCAUGAUUCGUGACAUCAAAGUACAAACGUCUGCGAAGUCCUCUAAUGGAACUGACUCGCCUUUGAGAAAUUUACUAAAAGACUCCUUCCAGGAUCGCAUUCAAUCGAUCCUGAAGUCCGGCACAACGCAACCCAUUCUUAAGCUGGACAAAUCAACCGAACCUUCCGCUCAGGAAUCGUUCGAACUGCUCACACAAGCCACUCGUAUGCUUCGAGAGCAUUACUUUGUAAAACAUGAAAAAGCACGUCAGGAGAUCGCUCGACGAGUUCAUGUGCUGAAGCUUCUCAAAGAACAACAGCUCGACGAAAUUAGUCAACUUCAGUUGGAGAAACAGGAAAUCCGAGAGAAGGCGGAACGUUUGGCCGAGAACUACGAGGAUAUCUGCGAUAAACAGAGCGCGCUCUUUAAAAGAGCUCAAGAAGUGGUUCGCCUUGCCACCCUUCGACUUCCGAAGGGAUCCUUCUCAGAGAAAACCUACGCCGAGAUGAUCGACAAUAUCUCCCGAGCCACCAAGAAGCUGCAGAAGAAUGUGGACCUGGCCAAGCAAAAGAUCACCACCCAGCAGGUACAAAUCGAACAGAAACAGAAGUCGGAAAACGAACGGAUCGUUUCGCUGCCCAGCAAACAGGAGGAAAUCAUCAAACACAUCAUCAGCGAGAUGUACGUUCAAAUCGAGGGACAUGUAAACGACAUAAAGAAGGCCAACAACAUUCUCAAUUUGGCUUGAGAACUACAAAAAGUGUCACACGUGUUUCGAAACACGUGCUCAUCAUAACUAACGAAAAGAACAAUUUUUUUUUCAUCUUUUACGUCCCAUUCAAGACUUUGAAAGCUACUUUUGUCGUCAUUAGUUGUUAACUGACAUUCUUACUAUAAUGGAAAAAACCUUUGUCAGUUUUCGAACUUAUCACAACUCAUAUGUCUCAAUAAAUGUUA